AUGUACAUCCUCUCAGAUUCUGAAGUCCACCUCUUGCUGCAGUACCUAGCAGCACAGCCAUCCCUCCCAGGUCAUGUAAUGGAGCUUCAAACUCGAUUGGAACGAAGUCUGGACUGUCAUUACAACUCACUGGUGGAUUGGGAUGCCAAUACAUGGGGGGCACUUCCUGUGAUGUCAAAUCUAUAUUCUAUAGAUCCCAUGCUUUCCACCUACACUACUGUAUCAAUGGAAGAAGUUUGCCCAAAUUCUGAUCUGGAACCUUCCGAAAUGACUGCCAACUAUGAUCCGGCACCACCUACCAUGCCCAAUGACGCAGCUGAUGAGGAUUACAUGCCUCCAUUGGAAGAUUGCACUUACCAGGAUCCCAGUCACAGUGGAGGAACAGGUCAGAGGGGCGCAGACACCACUGCUAGUACUUCUGUUCAAGCAGCGGGUGGUGAUGGCGGCGGCGGCGGCGGCGAUGGUGAUGGAAAUCUCCCUCCUCAGAACUGGGAUCCAAAUUGUCAGGAGGAAGAGGAUCUCAAUCAAGUGAUGGAUAGCCUGGGUGGUGGCAGAGAGGAAGAGCAGGUUCUAGGUGUAGGAGAGGGAGGAGAGGCUGAAGCGCAGAAUGAGGAGGAGAAUAUGGAGGACCGUUCUUCUGAGUCAGUCCCCCAAGAUCCCAAUUCUUCACCUGAAAGUCAAGUUAUCUCAGCUGAGGGGAAAAAAUUUGUUGCAGAUCUUGCUGCUGCUUGCGAUGAGAUUUUGAAUGGUGAUUUUUCUGAACAUACAGACCCAGCAGAGGUCCUCUUUGCUCUGGCCACUGGCAAACCUUGGGAUGCUGCUGCUGCUAGUUUCUCCGACAAUUCUCUCCCUGCCAUCCUUGCUCGCUGUGUUCAGGCGACACGCAUUGUUGCAUCAUCAACAUUUAUCUUGAUGAUGAACCUCCUGCAAUAUAGGCUCAAGAUUGAAAGUAUACACAUUUCGACAGGUCAAUCCCGUAAAAAAAUUACUGGUAAUCUGUAUGCUACUGAGAUCGCAAAGAAAGUUAAAGGUCAUCGAACACUGGAGCGCUGGGUCAAGCAUGGUGCAGAAUACACCAUCAUCGCUUCAUCUGAUAUGAACGAGGGCCGUUUGGUCAUCAAAUCUAUCAUUCCCUUGGUCACAAAAUUGAGACAGCAAUUCGAUAUCAAGUUGACGACGUUCAUGUCUUACACGAUUCUUUUGGAACAUCACCAUAGAUUUCCAACUCUGUCGCCACCUCUUCCCAACAUUCUGGUUAUUAGUACAGCUAAUAUUCGGCAUUCUGACGCAGUCAUGGAUACCCUCUCUCUUAAUUGUUUCAUCAAGCCCCGGUGCCAGAUCAAGUGGGCAUCUUGUUAUGAAGCCAACCCAGUCUCUAUGACAGUCUUACGAGAUGAUACUAUUAAUCAUGUGUUUCUCUCAUUGCAACUUGGUCAAGCACCUCUGUCUCUAUGUCCAUCUCUGUCACCAUCGCCAUCAACUUCACUUCAAGUGUCACAGCCAUCCUCUCCGACUCGGAUUGGCUCAUCCCCACCUCCUUCCUUUCAUCCAGAGAAAAAUGCAGCAGAUGUUCUCAGUGACAGGUUGGUUACUAUUGAUACCAACUUUAACCCAUAUAUGCAAGCAAAUGCGUCAUGCCCGGUACCAUGGGGAGCUCCUCAUCAAAAAACACUGGAGUAUACAGAGAAGGAGAGGGCACAUGUUGAGUCGAACACUGUGACACCUACCUCUAUUUUGGACUUAUCAGCAAAGAUUAUACGUCAACUUCAAAGUGGAAAGAGAGCCAAUCUUGAUAUCUAUAUUAAAGUCUCCUCAGAACUAUUGGAUGGUCAAACUCUAAGAAUCAACAAGAAGGAUGGAAAUUUUGCGGUCAUCGUGGAUACAUCCAUGCCUGGAGAAAUACGGGAGUAUUUGAUUGAUAAACUACAUAUUCUCUUUCCAGAGACUUUCUUGCCAACAGACUCAGAAGAGGAGUCUUCACAUCAAUUUCCAUCAAUCCAUUUUACCUGGUACAACAGGGACACGACGCAGAUCCAGCUCAAGAACCUGUAA